GAAACUUGCCGAAGAAGUGCAUAAACAUCCGCACGAGCUCUUCAAUUUACAACCCAGAAAGUCACAUUUUUACCCAAUUUAUUUCCAAAAACUCUGGAACAGAUAAGGAAUCCCUUGAAAAUACAUAAAAUGAUAAGCGAAUAUUUUUAUUCUUUAUCUUUUAGCGUUAAUGUGUCUCCCAACAAAUACAGACGCUGACCCCGCCGGAGACACGAGCCGCCGUGCGGACGGGCUGAACCGCCACAAUGAGCUCCGAACACCAGAGCGACAGCGAGGACGCCGACGAGUCGCAGGAUAGGCCCGGCAGCACCGGCAAGAAAGAAGACCCUGUUGGAAGACCGACACAGUCGGAGGUGGAAGAAGACGCCCCGCAGAGGGUCUGCGCUUCGCCGCCGGGGAGCAGCAGCGAGGACCAGCCCGAGGGCAGCACUGGCUCGUCUCCUCCCCGCCUGGAGGAUGAAGAGCGCCGCUGCUCACCGGGCGCCGCUCCGCAGGCGGGGAGCGGUGGGAGCUCCAGUAGCGAAGGCUACAAGGGGAAUAGCCUGUUUUCCUGGCUGCAGAGCAGGACUAUCAGACGGGGGCUGUUUGUAGACCCAGCCAGGGAUAACUUCAGGACAAUGACCAGCUUGUACUGCUCUAUGAACCCGGCUGUGGAGUCGGUCAAUCUGAGCUCUCAGACCCACGGAGCUGUAUUCAAUUUGGAGUACUCACCGGACGGGUCUGUGCUGACGGUGGCCUGUGAGCAGACAGAGGUCCUCCUGUUUGACCCCAUUUCAUCCAGGCACAUCAAGACCCUCACAGAGGCCCAUGAGGAUUGCGUCAACAACAUAAGGUUUUUGGACAAUCGCCUGUUUGCCACCUGCUCCGACGACACCACCAUUGCAUUAUGGGACCUUCGUAAGCUGAACUCCAAGGUCUGCUCGUUGCACGGCCACGCCAGCUGGGUGAAGAACAUCGAGUACGACACCAACACUCGCCUCCUGGUCACAUCCGGCUUUGACGGCAACGUCAUCACAUGGGACACUAACAGGUUUACGGAGGACGGCUGCCCGCACAAGAAGUUCUUCCACACUCGCUAUCUGAUGAGGAUGCGUCUGACUCCUGACUGUUCCAAGAUGCUCAUCUCGACUUCCUCAGGGUACCUACUCAUCCUUCACGACCUGGACCUCACCCAGUCCCUGGAAGUGGGCAGCUACCGCAUGCUGAGAGCCCGACGGACCCCCCUCAGCUCAGACGGAGGCACAUCAGCGUCCAGGUCGACCGUGACGCCCCGUCAGGGACACGACUCCAAGCUUCAUCCUCACAGAGAAGGUCUGUCCCCACGGAACAGCCUGGAGGUUUUAACUCCUGAAAUCCCUGGGGAAAAGGACAGAGGGAACUGCAUCACAUCCCUGCAGCUGCAUCCCAAAGGCUGGGCCACGCUCAUCCGCUGCUCCAGCAACAUGGACGACCAGGAGUGGACCUGUGUGUACGAGUUCCAGGAGGGGGCGCCCACGCGGCCGCUGGUGUCUCCCCGCUGCUCCCUGCGCCUCACCCACUACAUCGAGGAGGCCAACGUGGGCCGGGGCUACAUCAAGGAGCUCUGCUUCAGCCCCGACGGACGGCUCAUCUGCUCCCCUUACGGCUACGGCGUCCGCCUGCUGGCCUUCGACGAGCGCUGCAGCGAGCUGGCCGACAGCCUGCCCGUUCAGACCAGCUGCCUCCGGGAGAUCCGCUCCAUCUACUCGCACAGCGACGUGGUGCUCACCACCAAGUUCUCCCCAACGCACUGCCAGCUGGCCUCGGGGUGCCUGAGCGGACGCGUGGCGCUUUACCAGCCCAAAUUCUAGCAUCCGGCGUUGUUUAAAAGUAUCUAUUUCUUUUUGUUAAACCCGAUCACUGCAGACCUGGGGAAACGCGCACCAGUCUAAACCUCUGCAUAUAAAGAGGUGGAAAUGCAUCUCUUUAUAUGGGAAGUGUUUUACAGAUGGUUACUUUUUGCACAUUUGUGCAGAGGAUUUGCUGAAGCUAACCAGAGAUGCACCGAUCUGAGUUCUAUUGCCAAUUUCUAGGCUUUGCUAUUUGUACAGCUUUAACCUGCCGAUACCAACUUUGGUUUAUUCCAGUUUCUGUUUGAAAACUAAUAUAUAGUAUAAGAAAAUACAAGAACAGAAUUCAGGAUACGUUUCUUCCUUGUUUACUUCCCUUAAGCUGCUAUUAUUUAUUCAUAUUAGGAGCAGAAACUAUGUUUUGAAAUAGUAUAACCAUAAAUUACAGCUACUGUUCUUGUACUAAACCAAAAUUCUAGAGUUCACAUUUUAAAUUACCUUUAGCAUUUUAUAGAAAUGAUUUGAAUCACUAAACAAAUGCUGUAUUCUGUUCAGCCUUCCUGUUGUCUGUAAAACUCCUACUCUCUCUUGCUUCCCUGCAGCCUUUAUGAACCUCAGACAUAUAUUGUACUUGGUUUCCUUUCUUGCACCUCUUUGCUUCCUCUACCUUAAUUUUAAGCGCCUCACUGAUUCUGAAACUAGCUAACUCUGAGUCUUCACUCAGUAAUGGCGUACACUCCGAAGAGUAUUUCGUGCAAUCAGGUAGCGAUUCCAUGCGGUGCAUUCACUGACUCAAAAAACGUUGGAUUUUAACGCGUCCUCCAUUAGGCAAAAAGAAUCGUCUAGCAGAUUCCUCGAUGCAUCGCAACUGCUAGCUUAAGAACGUUGCCUAACCACGUGUUACGUGACAACCCAGGUCUGCAGCUGUUAACCGGGUCAAGUUCGUUUAGGUGCUAGCCGUCAAACUGACGGCCAUUAACUGGCAUAAAGAAAUGACAGACUGAAGCUCUGGGCUAAUUGCCAGGUUGCAGCAGAAGAUGGACACUUUGAGCCCUGAAUUUCAAGACAUGACAUAGAAAAGCAAGCUCAAAAUCGAAGUGCAAACAAAUUGCAUUUUGUUUUUGCAGACGAAACUUUCUGAGCAGAAGUUCAAUGCAAUUCUUGAUGCAACUCUGAUAUCAGGAAACGGCAAACUGUUGGUCGUUUGUGGCUCCUUCAGUUGCAGAAUUGCUUUUGGCCUCUUUAAUAGUACUUAUUUUUCUUCUUCUUUUGAGACAUAGGCACAUCCAGACGUCGCCGUCUCAGGAGGACAACACUAACGGUGCAAAAAGUCAAGUAUCGGUGAACCCGGGAGGCGAACGGACUUCCGUUUACGCUGUUUGUCACGUUAACUCGACUUCCUGCGCUGCGCCUGGUGCCGCUCUCUGCUGCUUCACUCAUGCCUUCGCCACAGGUGCUGCUUCUGUGCUCAUACAAUCUGAACUUCAAGGACCUACCCUCCUUUACCUGCCUGCUGCUUUUGUUGUUCCCAACAUCUUAUCUCUUCCCACUGUCCAGAUCCUCUGUUGUUUUUAAGGGUUUUAUUGGUGUAUUAAUGUUGGCACUAAUUGUUGCACAGCGUUUGAUUUGAUAAUCACUUUAGAGUUGUUAACUCUGUAAUCACCUCUUUACUUUCCCCAAAGUUCAUGCUUUUAUCUUAAGUCUUUAGAUCGAAAUAUCUGGUCACCAGGAAAAUUGAGCAGUAGUAAAAAAGGCGGCGAAUAUUUCUGCAUCAUUGCAACUCAAAGAUACAUAGUUUUACCCUCCUGUUGUCUCAGCGCUACGCUGUAUAGGAGCAAGGCAGAUGUCAAGUCUGACGAGGGUUCUCCCAUCACUGUCGGUUCCUGGAGUCCUGCGCGUGCACACACACACACACACAAACAAA